UUGAAUUAAAUCGUUAAUUCGCUACAAUAUUAGAUAUUUUUACAUUAAAUGCGCAUUAUGUAUAUUUAUUUGCAACAUUGUUUUGAAAGUUCUUAUAUAUGUAUAUGCUUAUUAAAUUAAAAAAAAAAAAUUAUUAAAUGAAAAUUAAAAAUAAGAUAAAACGGAGUAAGAUGCUGAUCUCAUUUACAAUACGAUGGAGUAAGCGUCAAUAUUUACGUGAUCUAUAUAUGAGAAUCUAUACAUAUCUUCGAAUUGGCGGACGGAAAUGGACGUAUAACCAAUGAAUACGAUGUCAGAUUUCGUGCUUACCGCAUGAGUAAAUCAAAAUGGCAGAACAACAACAAACACCUCCUGGUUUCAAACAUAUGUCUUUGGAUAAGAUUAUCGAAGCUAUGACUGCCGAUUUGGAAAGUUCAAGUGGCCAUUAUGUUCAGUUUGGCGUUACUCCGCAGCAAGCGACUUCUCAUAAUUGGGGUGAUUACACAUCUGGACAAACCAGGCAUCAUAUUUCCAAUCAACCAACGCAUCCUAAUUCUUCUGGAAUGCAACCGAUGACUCCAAUGACCACUUCUCUAUAUAUGCGUGAUAUGCCGGGUUACGAAGCCACAACCGCCGAUUCUAUAUAUUUUCCACCACAGACAGUAAAUCACUUAGGUAUCAAUGAGAAUAAUGAUUUAAUUGGUACAAUCGAUGUCGGAGGUGGGAAUUAUAUCAAUGUUAUUUAUGGAAACGCUACUCAGAUUAUGGCCGAGCAAUGUCAGCUCUCAAACAUGACACCAUAUCCUAAUCAAGGUAUUGUUGAUCAGGAAUACGGUCUGUUUAAUGAUCAACAUAUGGCUAUACCAUCUGAAUUACCAAGUCAGAACUUUAAUGGGAAACAGUUAAUCGACAAUUUAGUUGGAAAUUGGGUGCCAAAUCAAUCUGGAACGUAUAGUCCAUUUGGUGGAUCUCCCAAUAUCACACCUGUACCGCAAUCUGUACCAGAUAUAAGAGAAACUGAGGAAUUACCUAGAAAUAUAUCGGAUUCUCAAUAUAAAAAACCAAGAAUGGUAGCAGAAGUGAAACCUAUGCGACCUUCUUAUUCUGAUGUGUUGACAAAAUCUGCUCCAACACCACCAUCUCCAUUAACAGUCCAGCCCACAAAGCCAAAAAUCGAAAUAGCAGGUAAGAAAGUGACUAAUAAAAAUAUGAAAAAUAAGAACAAACCUGCACUAUUGAAGAGACAGAAUUCAUCUGGCAGCGAUGAUCAUAAUUCUCCAAAGAUGCAAAUUCCUAGAAAAGUUUUAGAAAAAAAUUCUUCUAAUCUUCCAAGACGAUGGGUAUCACUGGACAACCUUGGCUCGCCAUCCGAUUCUCGUCAGAUAAAUGCUUUUGACAGAUCCGAUCAAUUUUGUUUGGAAAAAAAGAAAUCUGUCAAACUAUCUAAGAAAGCCGAAAAGAACGAAACUCUUAAUAAUACUAAAAUACAAAACAGUAAUCCCAAAACUUCAGGAAAUAUUCCAAAACGUCCGAUUCAGAUAAACAACAACUUAAACACGAUUAAUACAUCCAGUCAGACAGUAUCAUCUGAAAAAAUUGAAAAGAAUCAACAAGUUAUUAACAAGAUUAGUAAAGAGGAUAAAAAAGUGAUCAAAGAAAAGAAUCCUAAACGUUUUCAAGCCGAGAAGGCUCAGCAGAUUAAAAAGGGGCAAAGAAAUAGAAAAAGAGAAAGUAAAGAAUCUUCUGUUAAGGAUUUGUAUAGAAAUUUAAAUAAAUAUGCAACUCGUUGGAGUAAAGUUGUAUUGAAAAUCUUUUAUUGGUUACUGCAUCUAAUUUCUGAUGUAGUUAGUAUGAGCGCUAACUUGGUUAUUCAGCUUGGUAAAUGCGCUUGGUAUCAUACUAUACUUUAUUUGAAGUACUGGUGGAUAUAUAUGGCUGUGACAUUUUGUAAAAUUCGUAUUUUAAACGCUAUCGGUAAACAAUUAGACAAUUGGCUCGGAAGUAGUAAGUUUGCAUUCUGGCGAAAGAUAAACAAUAAAAAGAAUGAGGAAAAAGAGGACAAUGGCAAUUGGAUUCAUGGUGGUCUAGAAACUAAUAUUGCAUUACCCAGCACUGGUGAGGAAGCUAUGAAGAGAUUAUUAGCAUGCAAGGGAAAAGAUCCUUAUAGCAUACUCGGCGUUACGCCGACGUGUUCGGAUGAUGAUAUUAAAAAAUAUUACAAGAGACAAGCUGUUUUAGUCCAUCCGGAUAAAAAUAAUCAGCCGGGAGCGGAAGAGGCAUUCAAAAUUCUCGUACAUGCCUUUGAUAUAAUUGGAGAACCGGAACGCAGGCAAGCAUUUGAUCAAACCAGACAAGUUGAAGCAGCUUGGGGCGAACUAAGUGAUUUGUUAUCUCAACUCCAUCGAAAAAUGGAGCAGGCAGCAAACACAAUAAGAUGUACGAAUUGUGGUUUGCGACAUAAACGCAUCCCUACACAACGUCCCUGUUAUGCUGCACGGUUUUGUGCUCAAUGCAAGAUACGUCAUAGUGCAAAAGAAGGUGACAUUUGGGCAGAAUCUCGUUUAAUGGGUUUCCUAUGGCACUAUUAUGCGUGCAUGGAAGGGGCAGUAUAUGAUGUGACUGAGUGGGCUGCUUGCCAAGCUGGAAAUCUUAAACAUCUUAGAGCAAACACGCAUAGUGUCCAGUAUAGAAUUGUCUUAGGGCAAAGACUACCAUCUCAAACAUCCAGUAGUGGUAAAAAACGGCAGCAAGAUCCCAAUACAAGCGAAGCAGAUUUUGAAGAUUUUCUAAACAAUCUCUACAAUCAUAGCAAAUCUGCUGGUGCUAAUACAUCGGGGGAUCAAAAUUCUUUUAGAGGAGAUUGCAGACGACGUAAAACUAAGCGUAAGAAGUAAAUAAAUAGCUGGAGCAGUUGAUGGCAAACAACUUCUGAAUAUUUGAUAUUGACCUUGUAUAAUUUACGAAGCGCGCAUUAUAAACAUAUAUUACACGCAAUCAUAAAUUUACGUUAUCCAUAAACAAUUAACUUUAGCGUAUAGAUAUUACGAAUGUUCUCAUGAAAAAUUAAUAUUUGACUGAUAUACAAUAUGAGAUUAUGAAAGGAUUGUGUUCACAAGAAUAUUGUGCGUUUAAACAUCAUUGUGUAUUGUAAUCAUUAUAUGAAUAGAAUUAUCAUUGGCAUAAUUAAGAAGCUCGAAAAGAAUAGAAGAGAUAUCGUAAAUAACGUGAUACGAAGUAAAUGUUUAAUGAGCAAAGUAAUAUUCAGUCCAUAUUUUGCCAGUUUAAAAUAAUAAUGACGCGUUCACUUUCCAUGUUAUAAGAUAAUGCAUAAAAAGAUGCCAAAUAACCAUCAUGGAAAGAAAGCAUUGUGUUGCAAAGUUAUGUCUUAACAUUUGAAAUGUUUUGAUAUAUAUGCAUUUAGACAGCUUAUACAACUAUUUCAUAUAUAAAAAAAUUUUUAUUAUUACGUUCUUCCAGAAUUAAAAGAAAGAUAGUAUAUGAUAUCAUAUUAUAUUACAAAAUAUAUAUUUUGCCUAAUUUCAUUUUCUUUUAACAUUAACUUACUUAUAACUAUUAAUAACAGAAGUAUAUACAUUUAAUAUAAGUCACGAUUUUUAAAAAAAAGUAGCUCACGGUUCAAAUCUAAAAGAUAAUUGGCAAAUAUGAAGAAGACUGAUUUUCUCUCAUCUUUUUUUUGUUACUUAUAUAAGUUAAAUAUAGUUAGAAACAUUUCUGAUGAUAUACUCUGCUAUGUGUGGAAAUAGUUGGAAUUCUUAAGAUAAAAACUAAUGUCCAAAACCCUCUCCUUUAAAAUAUAUAUAUAUAUAUAUAUAUAUAUAUAUAUA